CAUAUAUAUAUAUAUAUAUAUUCGAACUCUUCACGAUCUCUGCUUCAGACGAAUAAUGAACCUAAAUGGUUUAGGGGAAAGAAAAGUAAGUCCUGAGAAUUAACGUUUUCUGCUAGAUGCAUAAAGUCUUACCUUUUUAAGCAGUGAAAUAUAAGCGAUUUUACUUAUUAUGCAUAAAGAAGGGAGUAGAAAGUGAGUGACAAUUUGAAUGACACGUCGAUUGUUGCAGUACAUGACAAAGUAUUACCAAUGAUGUCAUUAGAACCAUGACAUAAUUUGUGAUGAACUUCUACUACUGUUCUUCUUGACCUUGAUUCCGCCUGUGUGAACAUCCGUGCCAUUGCAAUUACUUAUGUUGCAAAUAAAGAAGCGCAUACAGACAUUCUAGCAUCUAGAUACACAUGCACAGGUUAUGCAGUAUUUGUGAAAGGUCCUUCCCAUUAUCCGUGCCUGGACAACAAAAUACUUUACUCUACUGAAAAUUAAAAAGAAAAAGAAAAUCAUACCACUUAUUGCGGUAAACUUAAAAUAUUUACCUUUUUGUCAGAAAAAAAACGUCAGUAUUAUAACUGAAGAAACUGAGCCGAUAGUUGUUGAAAUUCACUCUUACAUGUUGUGCCGAGACUCAGCCUGACAGUCACGUACGUAGAUAAUUUAUUUUGCCUUCUUUUUUUUCUUCUUCUUCACAUUAAAGAAAAGAAAAGAAAAGAGAGAGAAGAGGUAAAAACAACAAUAUUCGUUAUGUUGAAACAUGGCCUCGCGGUCAAAGGGAAGACAGACGUCAGGUGUCUGAAACCUUUCCUCAAGGAGACGUUUCCACUACCAUUUAAGGGAAGCCAAGGAAACAAAAAGAAGCGGAAAGAAAGAAAGAAAGAUAAAUAAAAGUGAAGAAGAAAGAAAGAAAGAGAAAUAAAAGUGAAGAAGAAAGAAAGAAAGAGAAAUAAGCUAAGCAAAGAAACAAAACAGAUAAAAAAAAACUCUCCCAAGAACUUUGGAGGAAGAGCAUUACAUUCCACUCGUCGAGGAGUAACUGGAAUGAGCAUCUCUGGAAUGGAUAGACCUGGAAUGAGGUCGCCUCUGCUUGCUCUAAUGCUGGGGGUCCUCUUGCCCUUCGCCAGCCCCUCCUCCGCCCAGGUCCUCCCUCUGGUGUCCGACGUUACCUCAUCCAUACGACCAGACUGUCCCCCAGAUCCUGUCUGCGAACUGCCGUGUGUGCUGACUCUAAGUGCUGACAACUGCCUUUCCUGUGAAUGUCAGGCUAAUGAGUGUCAGGCCGGCUGCUAUAAGUCCCUCGGCCCUAAAGGCUGUAUUGAGUGUGACUGUAGUGAAAUACCCUCCUCCUGCCCUCCGGUUCCUGCUUGCUCGCCUCUUUGCUUGGUAAAGAGAACUGCCGAAAACUGCUUCGAGUGUCACUUUGGUCUGACCCGUCCUUCAGACUGUCCUGUUGAACGUAAAUGCGAAGCACCUUGUGUCUUGGUUUCUCUGCAGGGUAACCGCGAGGCAUGUUUCUGCCCUUAUCCCUUAGAGAAAGCUUGUUCCAAAGUCGAAGAGUGCAAUCCUCCGUGUACCACUUCCCUGGGGCUAGAUGCAUGUCCGAAGUGCCAUUGUCCACAAGUUUGUCCACGUACGGAUUGCAGGCCCCCGUGCAGGGCUUUUGUCAAGUCAGAUGGUUGCCUAGGUUGUGACUGCCAUAUUUGUGAACCUGUAAAAGAGUGUCCUAUAUUUUGCUCUAUUAAGAAAAACAGUCAUGAAUGCGAUUACUGUGACUGUCCCACUUGCCAACCAGUUGGCGAAUGUCAUCCACCUUGUUGCCUCAAGUAUGACUUCCAUGGAUGUAAGGUGUGCGACUGUCCACACUGCCCGCCUGUCACAAACUGCUCGGCCGAUUGCACUGUGAGGAAGAACAGCAAUGGCUGUGAUUACUGCGACUGUUCAGCAUGCAAGCCUCUGGCACAUUGUCCUGAUGAUUGCCCAAAGAUAAAAGAUGAAAAACAUUGUGAUGUUUGUGACUGCCCUGCGUGUAAGCCAGUGGCAGAAUGCCCAGUUAGCUGUUCUGUGGAAAAAGGCGAGAUUGGAUGUGACAUCUGCAAAUGCCCUGUGUGCGAACCAGCGCAUUGUGAUUCUUAUUGCACAGUUACAAAGGGUGUCACGGGGUGUGACGAAUGUACUUGCUCUACCUGCCAGCCUGUCACUGAGUGCCCCAGCAACUGUUCUCUCAUAAAAGACGACAGUGGUUGUGAAGUAUGCCACUGUGUAAUCUGUCAGCCGUUAUCGCAUUGUCCUGAAAACUGUGAAAUAAGAAAGAACAGUAAUGGCUGCGAUAUGUGCUUCUGUCCCGACUGCCAGCCCCUUCAGUCCUGCCCAGAUGAAUGUCCAAGGAAACUAAAUGAACAUGGAUGUGAGGUAUGUGACUGUCCUGCUUGUGAACCUGUUAUUAACUGUCCAAAUCAAUGUGAAAUAGUCAAGAACAGCAAAGGCUGUGAAGUAUGCUACUGCCCCCUCUGUCAGCCGUUGCUUGACUGCCCUGAUGAAUGCCCCACGAAGAUAGACGAAAAUGGGUGCGGCAUAUGUGAUUGUCCAGUGUGUGAACCCGUGCCCAGUUGCUCACCUUCAUGCCAAAUGAAAAGAGACAGCAAUGGCUGUGACAUUUGUUUCUGCCCCGUAUGUCAGCCACUGACAGACUGUCCUGAUAACUGCAAUGUGGUCACGGAUACUGAGGGCUGUCAGAAAUGCAAAUGCUUGUUAUGCCAGCCAAUUAAAGACUGUCCAAGCAAUUGCUCAGUGACAGAAAAUGAAACAGGCUGUGAUGUAUGUGACUGCUCACAGUGCCAUCGGGAAAUUCAGUGCUCAGAAAACUGUCACGUCGUCGAAAGUACCACAGGCUGUAUGUCCUGUAAUUGCAAAGGGUGCCAGCCAGUGGAGGCGUGCCUCCCGCACUGCCGAAGAGAGACAAACGAAUCUGGGUGCGAAGUGUGUAACUGUGGCCUGUCGUAAGGGAUGAGGGAAAGCUCUCAAAGGCCUCUGCAGUUCGAGCUGGUAAAGGAAAUCUAAAUCUAACUCUAAAUUCUAGACAGAGAGGCACUAAGGGUAAUCAAUUAUAUUUAACACACACACACACGCACACACACACACACACACACACA